GCUCCCUGGAGAGGGGAAACGGGGGAGGGGUUUCUCGGGGCGUGUCGCUCCGCAGGCUCCUUGGCGGUAGUGUCAGCAGCAGCAUCCGUGGCAGCAUCCGCGGCAGCUCCUGUGGUGUCUUCGUCGGCUCCGUUCGUCUCUCUCUCUUCCCCCACCCCCCUCCUCAAAUUGUGCAUUUAUGAGAUUAGUUUGUGAGGGGAACGGCGACGGCUCUGCUUGUGAGGAGAAGGACGCGGUGAGUGAAAAAGCUGUUGUCACAGACCUUGGAGUAGAGAGAAAGGAAAGUUGAUUUGAGUGGGCAAUGAUUAGAGAGACAAUGAAGGCCUGGAGUGACAGCCAGUUGGACCUCUAUAGCAGUGACUUAGAAGAAGAGGAAGAGAUGAUUUUUGGAGAAAAUGAAGAUGACUUAGAGGAGAUGAUGGACUUAAGCGACCUGCCUACCUCACUCUUUGCUUGUAGUGUUCAUGAAACAGUAUUUGAAGUCCAAGAAGAAAAGGAAAGAUUUGAAGCGCUUUUCUCCAUCUAUGAUGAUCACGUUACAUUCCAGCUAUUUAAAAGCUUUAGAAGAGUAAGGAUCAACUUUAGCAAUCCGGAAGCAGCAGCAAGGGCACGAAUAGAACUGCAUGAGACUGAUUUCGGUGGGAAAAAGUUGAAGCUGUAUUUUGCUCAGGCUCAGGUGCCCAAUGAAGCGGGAGACAAAUCUUACCUCUUGCCUCCACAACCUGCCAAACAAUUUCUGAUCUCACCACCUGCUUCUCCACCUGUAGGAUGGAAGCAGAGUGAAGAUGCCACACCUAUGAUAAACUAUGACUUGCUCUGCGCCGUUUCAAAAUUGGGGCCUGGGGAGAAGUAUGAACUUCAUGCAGGAACAGAAUCCACACCAAGUGUGGUUGUCCAUGUGUGUGAAAGCGAAACAGAAGAAGAGGAUGAAAUUAAAAAUCCCAAACAGAAGAUUGUGCAGACGAGGCGCCCCGAUCCACCACCCCCAUUGCUGAGUGAAGCAAACACUUUUGAAUGUACGCUAGAGGUAGGGGGUGGGAUGCACUUUUGAUCUGAGGUUGUCUAACAGCAGCAGUGAGUGUGGAAAUCAUGUUUGUUUCGCUGCGUGAUGUUUAGCAGCAACGGACAUGUAGUCAUCUCGCAUCAAAAAGACUUUAGAUGCCAACAUUCUGAAGAGCACUUUAAGGUUUUAACUCCUAAGAUGUAGCAAAUCCCUGUGGGGUUUCAAGUCCUAGCACACUAGACUAGGAACAUGCCAUUUUGGGAUGUGUGUGUUGCCAUUUGCUUGGUGUGUGAAAAGGCUGAAAGGAACUCGGAUGCUGCCAUCAUUGUGUUGGUUGUCAUCAGGUUUUGUACGCAGGUCUCUCAUGUAUAUUUUUUGUGCGCAUUAUCCAGUUAACAUGAUGUUUGAAGUAAUGUAUUGAUAAAACAUUAUGUACAAUGUACAUUGUUAUCAAGUAGAAAAAUCUCAAAAUUGUUUGGGGUGGUAGAAGCAAAUUUCCAAACAGGUCUGCUCUGUGCUUUUAUUUUUCCUUAGAAAUGCCACAGUUUUGUGUGUGUGUGUGUGUGUGUUGAAUUUGAAAGUACCUUUGUGAAUUAAUGUGAGGCAACAAACACAAGUGAGACUAAUACGCUGUCUUUGUGCUCAUUGCAACUGUGGAAAAUGAUAUGUAAGCAGGGAAGCUGCAUAUUACAGGCCAAGUCCGACUUUUGUAUUUGUUUCCUACCAUUUCUUAGGACAUGGUUUUUCCAAAUGGAGUAUAUUUAUUUUCUGCACACCAGCAGCAGGAACAUGUCAACCUGGCAGGGACUCCCUGUCUUUACAGUUUCUGGCCACCUUUUGUAGCACAGCCUCACCACCUGCCUGUCACUGCCUGCACAGAUAGCCUCAUAGUGCAGGAGUAACAGUAUGGCCGCAACUCCCACAAGGCUGGAAAAAUAUGAAUGCUUCUUGCAAGAGCACAAGGACUUUUUCUCUAGAGCUAAUCAGUUUAAGUUGCAGGAUAAUAGUAUUUGACAAGCAGGGGACCAAAAAGGAUUUCCAGGAGGCAGCACAUUUUCCCCUCCCCCAAUAUUCCUUGUAUCCCUUCUGGCUGUCCUCACAUUUGCAUGUUUCCUUGCUUCCAUCUCACCUUCCCACCUGCCAACCAGCCUACCUUUGAUCAGCUCCCCCUUCCUCAGCUAUAUUUAUUAUUUAUUUACUUUAUUUAUACUCUACCUUUCUCUACACUGAGGACUCAAGGCAGCUUACAUUCUUUUCCUCCUCUCUCUUUUAUCCCCACAACAAUCAUGAUAAAUAAUUUGGUCUGAGAAUGUAUAACUGGACCAGGAUCACCCAGCCAGCUUCCAUGGCAGAGUAUUGAUUUAAACCUGGGUCUCUACCCUAAUUUUUUUCCUGUAUUUUAUUAAUCCUACGUGUUUUUAUUAAUCCUAAGUGUUUUUAUUAAUCCUACGUGUUUUUAUUAAUCCUAAGUGUUUUUCUGUAUUUUUAAACUUCAGAAGCAGAGAAACUGACAGGGUAGUCUUGGGCUAACCAGGCUUGUUAUUAGGCUAACCAGGCUUGUUAUGAGAACGAGCUGUAAUAAUACCUACGCGUGUGCAUGCUGUCUUUGAGUUUCUUGAAUCCAAAUUAGGGAUGGGAGGGACUAAACACCAUUUAUUCUAGCAAAGCACCCAUUUUCUGCCUGCUUGUACUUUACAACAGUUGGCAUUAUGAAAGUUUUUUGCGGGGGGAGCUGAGAAGUUUCUUGAAGUGUGACAAUGCUGUGUCUUGUAUUCUGUUAGUAUGUUAACAGAAAUCCUACAAUUCCACCCGAAAUGUUUUUCUAUGUGUUUUUUUUUUAAUUUUGGAGGACAGUAGAAUUAUUCGAAAGAAAUGCUCAGAGCCCCUACCCCAUUUUAGCAGAGUAUAAGCAAAUCAGAGUACUGAAUCCAUAGCUGCCUUUUUCCUCUUGAUAAAGUAAAUGGAGAGAAGCCAUUAAGAAAUUAAUUCCUGAAUAUGAAUCAUGACAGUAGCCUGAAAGUGAGACUUAAGCAUGCCUCCCACUAUUUCAACAAGAUAGCUAAUACUUUCAGUAGGAUUCCCAGUGGUCAUCUGCCUUGUGACAUCUGUGAACUGUCUGCUUCAGGACCGCAUGCUGCAGAGGGAUCAUUUAUUAAUGUCAAAAAUUAAUUUUCAAACCUCUAAGCCACCGAACCUCUAAGCCACCUGUUUCCCCCUAAAGCAAUAGAAAAAGCAGCCCCGGUGCCAAAUCUGAUUAUGUGAAGGGUGCUGCCUCAAUUGCUAGUGGAGAGGGUGGAGGAGAGCAGAGGGAGGGACCAGCAGCUGUGCCAAAGGGGCUUGUCAUCAUUAUUCCUAAUAGAACCAGUCUGGGUUACUGGAGUGUGUGCCCCCCCACAAAAAAUACUGCCUAAGAGUGGCUCUUUGAGACUAGAUGGCCCUCAUGAGUACAGAAACAGAGCUUAUUAAUGUUGUAAAUAAAGCAAAUAAACACUGUAUGGUUGUGUCAGAACCAUAGAGCUUUGAGAGUAUUUUGGCAUUAGAAUAAAAAUAGUUGCGGCACAAAGAUGCAUGUAAUGGAUUGGUGUUCCAACUGAGAAUCAACAGUGUUUUUAAAGAGGACAAAUAAAAAGCUUUCCCAUUGCUGUGCCUUGUUUUCUUUCUCAGUAGUGGUGUCAGUUCCUUGCAAUCCUCCCUGCAAAUUCCUGUUUCAGAAUUGCAAGAGAACUCCCCAGCGGGUUGUGCUUCACAUUAGUGCCAUGUAGAUUUUUUUGUCUCCAAGACAGGAAAGGACUGGGUUUUUGUUGGGAUGCAGAACCACAGAAGUAUUUCUGGCUUCAAAAGAUUGCUCCAUACCUGUUUUCUGUGAGGGAGCAAGCAAACCUGAUGUGCAUUGAGAAUUAUUUGGGGAAUGAGGGUGGGUGGGAGCAAAGAGUUGCACUGGUCUGCAGGAAAUGCAUGUUCAAACUUUAUACUUCUGUUAUAAAGUUGGCUACAUAGACUUGUUUCUAGAUGCUCAAUAACAAUAAUAAAACCUAUAUUAACAAUUGUAA